AUGGAGAUUCUGAGCACAGUAAUUGGAGCAGGAUAUCCGAUAUAUAGAAGCUAUUUGUUGCUUGAGGUACCCGCAAAAGCUAAUCAAUUGAUCCCAAAAGCUUUUCAGAUUCGUAAUAAUGAACCAAAAACUGUUGAUGAAGAGCGUCGUCGAUUGAUGGCUUACUGGUGCGUUUAUGGAUGUGUCACUUCAAUUGAAGGAUUGGUUGGCAGCUAUAUACGUUGGGUUCCUUUUUACAGCACUGCCAAGGUUGUCCUGUGGAUUUGGUUAUUACACCCCAAGACGCGCGGUUCAGAAUAUGUGUAUCAAACGUACAUUUCGACCUUCCUUCGAGAGCACAAGGAUACAAUCCAGGGCUUUCUUGAAAAGUUAGUUCAACUAAGUAACUCUGAACAACUUCUGAUUAAUUCUUGGGGAUUUUUACGGUCCAUGAUUGAUUAUUUCCCCAAGGGAGAUACUGCGGCUCCGGGUUCUAAGAACGAUGCUCCCAAGAAAUCUUCCUAA